GGCUCCGCGGCCGCGUGACCUUGCGACCCCGCAGUCCCAGCGCACUCAUGGCGGCUGUCAGGGCGUUGGUGGUGCCCAGGCUGGCGGCGGCCUCCGCGUUCCCGCGGUUCCCCGGCCUGCGGCCGCUGUACCCCGGCGCACGAGCGCCCUCCCCCCGCGCGGCUCUGCACGGCUCCGCGCCGCGCCCCGGGGCUAGGGUCGCGCUGGUGCUGUCGGGAUGCGGGGUCUACGACGGGACGGAGCUCCACGAGGCCUCGGCGAUCCUGGUCCACCUGAGCCGUGGCGGUGCCGAGGUCCAGAUCUUUGCUCCUGACAUGCCUCAGAUGCACGUGAUUGACCACACCAAGGGGCAGCCUUCUGAGAGCGAAACCAGGAACGUGCUGACUGAGUCGGCGAGGAUUGCCCGCGGCAAGAUCAGCGACCUGGCCCGGCUCAGUGCGGCCAACCAUGACGCUGUCAUAUUCCCCAGAGGAUUUGGAGCCGCCAAAAACCUGAGCACAUUCGCCGUGGACGGGAAGGAUUGCAAAGUCAAUAAAGACGUGGAGCGCGUCCUGAAGGAGUUCCACAAGGCUGGGAAGCCCAUUGGCUUGUGCUGCAUCGCUCCUGUCCUCGCGGCCAGAGUGCUCAGCGGCGUCGAGGUCACCGUGGGCCACGAGCAGGAAGAAGGCGGCAAGUGGCCGUACGCUGGGACUGCGGAGGCCAUCAAGGCCCUGGGCGCCAAGCACUGUGUGACGGGAGUGACCGACGCUCACGUGGACCAGAAAAACAAGGUGGUCACGACCCCGGCCUUCAUGUGCGAGACCGCACUCCACCACAUCCACGAUGGGAUCGGGGCCAUGGUGAAGAAGGUGCUGGAACUCGCCAGAAAGUGACGCUGCUCAGUGCCGUGGGCUCAGCCUCAUCCACCAGGUGGAGCUGGUGGCCUGCGUUCCUGUCCAGCUUGGAAUAUGAUAGGAAUUUAUUUUUGUGCUUAAAUUGUUAGAUAUUUUCUGCCUAAAGAUGGAGCUUGUGACAUCCUUGGGGUCAGGGGGAGACUGGCCUGAGAUGUUUCGUCCUCCACCGGGCUCCACUUCCUUCUGUGUGGAGGAGGGACC